UGGUGCAGCAGAAAUAUGAAAUACGGGUCUACGAUGAUUUCGUCAUCCACAUGAACACCGGAGUGCUGAGGUGUCACGUUCCCAAAUACGUCAAGGAAUACGUCAUCGUGACGUCAUGGACACGCAGCGAUGGUUUCAUCAUCUCCGUGCAAGCUAUUCCAGAUGAAAACUCCAAGUACGUGGCCUUCAGAACGGGCGAGCUUCACGUGCGACGUGCGGGUCCCGAGGAUAGCCACCAUUCGUUUCAGUGCCAUGCAAAGGACACACUCACCGGGGCUGUGGUCAGCAGCAUCACGGCCGGAAAACUGGUCAUAACAGAGCCCCACUCGAGCAUACCAGCAAAGGUGAUUCACUCGAGCCGCCAGGUGGAAGGUCCACACGGUUCCACACUCUUUGUUCCGUGCGAGGCCCAGGGACACCCGCAGCCUUCGUACCGCUGGUACCGCCAGCACGGGACACACCUCCGGCCGCUGCUGCCCCUCGGGGAGACCGGCAUCGUGUUCGUCGGUGGCACUCUGGUCUUUCGACGGGCCUCGGUCCAGGACAGCGCCACGUACGUGUGCGUCGUGAGCAACGGGGCUGGAGUCGAAGAUAAGAACGAGAUUCAGGUGCUCGUCACAGAGCCUUUGGAGGUGGACAUGUGGACCCGAACGAGGGAGGUGCGCUCCGGGGACACCCUGACGCUCAACUGCAGCGUGUCCGGCUUUCCCGUGCGCUCUGUCACGUGGUUCAAAGAUGGCCGCGCCAUCACGGGUCCGUCAGCCGUCAAGGCCUCGGUCUCCGGCAGCCGAGGUGGCCAGGUGUCGUCGCGACGAGUGCUCAUGCUGAACCAGUACAUGCUGCGGAUACAGGCGGCGCAGAGCGACGACUCCGGCGUCUACCAGUGCCACGCGGAGAACGAGCGAGACUCGGCGCAGGCGCAGGCCUUCGUCCACGUCAGGUGUACGCGAGCGUCCGCCCCUGAACCACCGGUCCUGGUAUCGCACUUCGAGGACGUCGUGGUACGCCCGGAGGAACCGUGUCACUGCGAUGCGCCGCCACCGGUACGCCGCUGCCUCAGAUCACGUGGUCUGUUUACGACAUCCAGGUUCAAGACUCCAGCAGGGUGA